ACCCCUGGUCAGCUGCAGACGGACAGUCUCUCUACAGGUCACAGGUGAUUACCGAGUUUCCAGCUCUCAGUGCAAUGAUGUGUGAAGUCAUGAAAAUGACUGCUCUGGGCCGUCCUUUCCAGCUAGGAACGCUGUACGACUGCCGGUCGGACACUCUCAUCCCAGGCAUCACCUUGUGGGAUUCACAGACACUCCAGAACAACCUCAGUAGUCGGGAUCGGCCCAGCACUGAGUUUCACAUCAUCACGUCGGACUCCAUGGAGAAGAAAGCUGCCGCACUCAAUGUGUCGGAAUCACUGAAAGCAGGUCUGCUGAGUGGGGCAGUGGAGGUGAAAGGAUCAGCAAAAUAUCUCACUGACACAAAGGGAUCAAAACGACAGGCACGAGUUACCCUUCAGUACAAAACAACGACCAGAUUUGAAAAACUGACAAUGAGUCACUUGGGGAAGCUGAACAUCAGUGACCCGAGUGUGUUUGACGAGGGGUCGGCAACCCAUGUGGUUACAGCAGUGCUGUAUGGGGCCCAGGCUUUCUUUGUGUUUGAUCAAAUGGUCUCUCCAGCAGAGAAACUGCAGGAUGUCCAGCGUAAUAUGGGAGCAAUGAUUGAACAACUCCCUGAGUUUGCAGUUCAGGGGGAAGACUCACUGAAAAUGACGGAGGGACAGAAGUCUAAUGCUGAGAAAUUUAGCUGCACCUUUUAUGGGGAUUUCUCACUGAAGAACAAUCCCACCACAUUCCAAGAUGCCAUCAGUACCUAUGCAACCCUCCCAAGCUUACUGGGAUCAGGUGGGGAGAACUCAGUGCCUGUGAGAGUCACACUUUAUCCUCUCAGUAAACUAAACUCAAAAGCUGCUCAGGUGGUGAGGGAGAUAAGUGUGGGUUUGAUCAGUCACUGCCAGCGUGUCCUGGAACAGCUCAGUGAGGCAGUGAUGAGAUGCAAUGAUAUGCUGAAAGACAGAGUCUCCAUUCAGUUUCCCGAGAUUGGAGAUGGGACAAAACAAUUCCGAGAGAUGUGCUUGGAAUACAAACGGGUUUUCCAGGGGACUUUAGCAAGAGUUUUGCCAUCUAUCCGGAGAGGUAAAGAGAAGCAAGGUUUACUGGCAGAUAUACUGAAGAACAGGGAACUGUCACCAUUCAGUCAGCAGUCACUGGCCACAUGGUUGGAUGACAAGAAACAGGAGAUGAAGGCCGUGGGACAUUACCUCAGGAUGUUUGAAGAUAUACCUUCGGUGAAAUCAAAGAGAGAGUUGGAUGAUGAACUGAUGGAUCCAACAAUAGACUAUGUGGUCUGCUUCACAUUUACAUCAGUGCAUCAGGAUGAUCUCUAUCUGUCAGAGGCAAAGAACUACCUCCAAUCCCUCACAGCUCAGGAAAUGCAGUCACCAACUCCUGGAACUGGAGCCUGUGCGACACAACACAGCAAGCAGUGGUUUUGCCAUCGGUCUGUUUCCCGAAAAAUGGAGGAAAUUUCUCAAUUAUUUAUGGACUUUUCCACAGCCAACAAAGCAGAUGGGAAAAUAAAAUUUCUUCUUGCAUCUGUGAAGGAUGACAGCCAAACCGGAGCAGCUAUUUACCUGUAUCGGGGAGGGUCUUUGGAGAACCCAUGCUUUCAACCCCUAUCACAGCCAAAGAGACCAAUAGUUCGUCAAACAUCACAUGACAGUGUGACACUGCAGUUACAUCCACCCAGAUAUGGUGCCGGUGAGAUUGUGGGUUACAAGGUAGAGUACCAAGGCCCCCAGCAGGAGGGAUGGACAUCUGUGGUUACACCUGAUAAAUCCCAGUCCUUCACAAUAUCUGGGUUGCAGCCACACAAGGAGUAUCAUUUCCAAUACAGAGCUGUGUCUAAGGUAGGUGUCAGCAAGGCCAGUGACAGCUGUCGGUACAUCACUCGUCCUACAAGUUCACCUGGUCAACUGGCCUUCCAAUAUUGUUCACCAAUUGCCACUCUGACUUGGGACAUUCCAAAACAGAUUGGAGAUGGUGUUAAAAUAGUUCAGUACAAAAUUGAAUACAAUGAAGAGACAGCAGUUGGGUCCAAAACGGAGUGUGGAUUAUGGAAGGAAGUGAAGACAAAUGAUACACAAUGUCACUAUCAGCUGAAGGGAUUGAAACCAAAGAAAAAAUACAGAGUCCGAGUGUCUGCUGACUGUGGGGAAUCAGGUUGCAGUGCAGCAAGUGAUGAGCUUUUAAUAGAAACAGUAAAUGCAUCAAACAGAAUAGCCCAGAGACUUUUGAGAGAAUCUCCAUUGAUAUCCAAAGGAAACCCUUCCAUUUACAAGCUCAACCUAAAGGCGAAGAUAUUUGAUGGUACGAAACAUCUUGUGAAAUUCUCCUUUGGAAAACCCAAUACAAAACACAAAAUGACGACCAUUAUGGUUCUGGGAGCAACAGGGUCAGGAAAGACGACCCUCAUCAAUGGGAUGAUCAACUACAUCUUGGGCGUGAAAUGGGAAGACGACUUCAGAUACAAGUUAAUACAUGAAGAGACAGGAAAAUCCCAGGCUGAAAGUCAGACAUCCUCCAUCACUGCCUAUGAACUCCACCAUCAAGUAGGAUUUAAAAUUGAUUACUCUCUGACUAUCAUUGAUACACCAGGAUUUGGAGACUCCAGGGGAAUAAGCCGAGAUCAAUUAAUCACCAAACACAUCAGAGAGUUUUUCAGCUCCCCACAGGGUGUUGAUCAAAUUGAUGCUGUGUGUUUUGUUGUUCAAGCCUCUUUGGCUCACCUGACUCACACACAGAAAUAUAUUUUUGAUUCAAUUCUUUCUGUUUUUGGCAAAGAUAUUGCAGAGAACAUUCAGAUAUUGGUGACAUUUGCAGAUGGACAGAGUUCCCCUGUUCUGGAGGCUUUGAAGGUAGCUGGGGUACCAUGUCCCAAAGAUAAAAAUGGUAUGCCAGUUUAUUUCAAGUUUAACAAUUCAGUUGUAUUUGCCCAGUGUCCGGCCUCUGGAAAAGCUGCUGAUAAGUGUACUUCUGAUGACAGCAAAGAAGAGCACGAUGAUAAUUUUGAAAAGGUGUUCUGGAAGAUGGGAGAAAACAGUAUGAAGAAAUUCUUUAAUGCUCUGAACAAAAUGGAAACAAAAAGUUUAUCUUUGACCAGAGAGGUUUUGAAGGAACGUAAACAGUUGGAGACUGCAGUGGAGGAGUUGAAAAGUAUGAUCCAACUAGGCCUGGCAAAACUGGAGGAACUCAGGAAAACACAACAGGCUCUGAACCAACUCUGGAAGCUGGAAGCAAAUAAAGACUUUGAGAAUGAGAUUGAAAUUACAGUUCCUGUUCAGGAAGAUAUCAGCGGGACUGGUCACUUUGCGCUCAACUGUCAGAAAUGUCACUUCACCUGUCACUAUCCCUGUCCGAUUCUAAAUGAUGAUGGAAAAUCUGGGUGUGCAGCACUGGACAGGAAUGGGAACUGCACCGUCUGUCCCAAAAAAUGUGUCUGGAGUGUUCAUUUCAACCAGAAAUACAGGUUUGUAACCAAGGAGAAGAGAACAUACGAUGAGCUGAAAAAUAAAUAUGAGACAGCCUAUGGUGAGAAGAUGACUCAGCAAAAAAUCAUGGAGAGUCUUGAGCAAGAGUUUGUUGUGGUUCAGAAUCCAGUGCUGGAAUGUAUUGAACAAUUAUCACUGAGCAUUAAAAGACUUGAAGAGAUAGCUCUGAGACCAAAUCCAUUAUCCACCCCAGCUGACAUUGAGCUCCUAAUUCAGUCUGAGAAAGAAGAGGCCAAGCCUGGGUUUCUGGACAGAAUUCAGGCAUGGAGGGAGGUCAAGGAGCGGGCAGAGUUAAUAGAGAAAGUUACCAAUGUGAAUAUGUCAUCAGAGGAACAGAAGCAAAAUCCAACAGAGUCAAAAAAAUAAUUGGAAACUGGAUUAAAAAAAGCAUUUUUCUCAUUCUUAAUUUGGCUCUCUGACGAUAAAUAACUGGAAGAUAUUGCAGGCAUUUCCAAAUGGGAAGCAAAUAUUUCACCCAGCUGAUAAACAAUCUGCUGAUUCUAAUUCACCCUCCAUCUUCUCCACCAUCUGCCCAGUGUGUUUAAGACCACAUCUUAUAUUAAAAAUUGUAGAUGUAGUAAGAUUGAUUAAUGGACUGUCUGUGCAAGCUCAGACCUAUUUGCUGGGAAGAGAGCAUCUCGAUCCAGGAGAAAUAUUUUGGAUCACCAGAGACUAAAAUUCAAGGAAAUUGAACAUACCUGGCAAAUACUGAUCAGGGUAUGCAAAAUGAGGUGAGUGUGUCCAAAAGGGAAUGGGAAUGGUGAUGAGGUGAGAGAGGAGGAGCAGAGAGCUGUGUAACAGGUAAGGUGAGAAAGAGAAUGUGGUGAAUCAGAGGGAGCAAAGAAGAGGAACAGUGGGAACAGCGAGUGCAAGAGAUGGGGUGUAGAGUGGAAGAGAAGCAACAGGGAAAAGGGCAAAGUAAUGGAAAAUGUGGGAAAGUGGCAUACAUUGAAGAGUUGGGGAGAGGAAGUGAAGACAUGGAGAAUGGGAAACAUGAUGAAAAUGUCAAUCAACUUCUUCCAUAUCCCUUCUGGAACAAGGUGAAAUUUUCCCCUGCAGUGUGAACUUUAGGUUGUAGUUGUUCAAUCACGUAAUAAAAUGUUUACUAACGUCAGUACAACCUCUGUGGUUCUUGCUUCCACACAGAGAAAACUAAUAAUGUGGUUAUUUCUCUGAAUUCAUACCAUAAAUGCAAAUGAUUAAAAGUGAACACAAUACAGCUGUGAAAACUGCGGCCACUUCUUACAAUCUCCAGAAGAAACACGGCUUUGUAAAAUAGACAUAUAAUAACCAGGAUGGUUUGAUACAAAGAAGCAGAAAGAGAUUCCAU